CCCCACCCAUAAAUGAGAACCAUAAUCUCCUCUCCGAUUCUCUUUACUCUUUACUCCCAUUCCUCCUUUCCCAACAUGUUCUUUCCUCUUCCGAUUCCAUCUCCAUCAUCCCCUUCCUUUUCCCCAUCCCUUCAAUCUAACCAAAAUCAAAAACCCUGCUGCUAAUCCAUCCAUCCAUCCUCUCUCACGUAUGGGAACCAGCAAGCACAAAUGGAGAUUCACUCUCCUCCGAUCCCCCUCCCACCUCAAAAAACCCACACCCCCACCCGAAUUCAUCUGCCCCAUUUCCAACACUCUCAUGGCUGACCCCGUCAUCGUCUCCUCCGGCCAAACCUUCGAACGCAACUGCGUCCUCGCCUGUAUCUCCUUAUCCUUCAAACCCCCUACUCUCCCCACCCUCGAUUUCACCACCAUCAUUCCCAAUCUCGCUCUCAAAUCCGCCAUCAUCAACUGGUGCAAAACCCAUUCUUAUUUCCCCUUCCCUCAACCCGUAGACAUCCGCUCCGGGCUAUCCAUUGUUAAAACGUUAAUCAACGGUUCCCCCGAUUCCCCGAAUUGUUCGAAUUAUCGGGAAAUCCGACUCUCCAGUUUAACAUCGUCCGCGUCCGAGGAUUCGGUUGUCGCAGCCGCGUGCGCACACGCGGCGGCGGCGACAACCGCUCCGAUUCCUUUUUGUUAUUCAUCUUCUUCCUCAUCGGAAAUUGAUAACAGUAAUAACAAUAGUAAUGAUGUUGGUGAAGAAGAUGAAGACAUAUUUUGUAAGUUAAGAAGUGGGUUAAAUUCAGAUCAGGAAGACGCUGUCGUUUCAUUGCGGAAUUUAACGCGGACAAAACAAGACGCGCGUGUUCAGUAUUGUACGCCGCGCGUGUUAUCCACGCUCCGGCAUUUGAUCGUGUCGAGAUGCUUGUCCGUACAGGUGAACGCGGUUGCUGCGUUGGUUAAUUUAUCGUUGGAAGAUGUGAAUAAAGUGAAGAUCGUACGGUCAGGAAUUGUUCCGCCGUUGAUUGAUGUUUUACGAGGUGGGUUUGUGGAGGCGCAAGAACACGCGGCCGGCGCGUUGUUUAGUUUGGCGCUUGAUGAUGAUAAUAAAACGGCUAUUGGAGUGCUCGGUGCGUUGCCGCCGUUGCUCCACGUGCUGCGGGUCGGGUCGGAAAGGUGUCGGCAUGACUCGGCUUUGGCUUUGUAUCACUUGUCUCUUGUGCAAAGUAACCGGUCAAAGUUGGUCAAACUCGGGUCGGUUCAGUUGUUUUUGAAUAUGGUCAAGUCUGGUCAUAUGACGGGUCGGGUCAUGUUGGUGCUAUGUAACUUGGCUGGGAGUGUAGAGGGCCGGGCCGCAAUGUUGGAUGGUGGUGCGGUUGAGUGUUUACUCGGGAUGUUGUGUCGGUCCGAGUUUGACUCUGAGUCGACUCGGGAGAGUUGCUUGGGGGCAUUGUAUGGGCUGAGUCAAGGUGGGUUGAGGUUUAAAGGGCUCGCGAAGGAGGCUGGGGCCGAGGAGUUGUUAACGAAAGAACAAGAAAUGGGAAGCGAACGGUGCAAAGAGAAGGCGGGCAAGAUCUUGGAAGUGAUGAUGCAGAAGUACGAGGAGGAAGAGACGGUCGAUUGGGAGGCGUUGCUCAAUUCGGACGAGUUAACUCGGUCAAAAUUCGAACUUGUUUAUGGUAAAGGGUCUGUUUAAGCGGAACUCAUAACUGGACCAAAAGUUUUUUGUGGGCAGUUUUUGGGUAUUGUGUUUAUGAUCUUCUUGUUUAUGUAAUUUGGGUUGUUUUGGGACCCUUUUGUUUAUGUGUGCAUAUAGAAACAUAGUGGUGUAAAUAAAGAUUUUGGAGUGGAUUCAUUUUGGUUCUAA